AUGGAUGCGAUAAGUGAGUCGACUACAGGUCUGCGUCCUCUUAUCGAUCGCCGAACAAGCCUGGAACAUGUCGCGUCGACACAACUGUCGCAGCGCGAUCCGACCAUCAAGCUCGUAGACCUAGGCAUAUCGUCUCUUACCGAAGACACUAUCGAUCUGCUGCUCUCCGUGGAAAGACUAUCAAUCCAGAAAAACCAGCUUACCGAGCUGCCUGAGAGUUUCAGUAAACUACGCGAACUCAGAUAUCUCGACCUGCACAACAACAAACUACGAGAGUUUCCUGCGGUUCUGCUACAGUGCCAACGCAUCGAAAUCCUGGAUCUCUCGUCGAACUCGAUCGCAAACUUGCCGCAUGCUUUCCCACAGACGUGGUGCGACAAUCUACAGGUGCUCUCACUCAAAAACAACAAUGUGACCUCGAUACGAGAUCUGUACCCGGCCGUGGUGUCGCUGCAUAGCCUCAAAAUCCUGGAAAUAGAGGGCAAUCCGAUCCCUCAAGAGGAACUUGACCAGGUGAAGGCCGAAGUGCCCUUAUCUUCGCUUAUAAAUACCAUUUCGCCCGAAGAAUACUGGUGUGUUGCGCUGCGGAAGCACUUCGAGGAUGCCAAGCUCAGUAAAGCCGCCAAACGUCGUGGCUUCAUCAACGUCUCGGAAGAGCAACACCGCCAGGAAGAAAUUCACAGUAACAACAAAUACAAUGACUACUUUAAACGGCUCUCGGUUCUACCAGAAGAAACGACUUCCCAGCGAAUCACACAUGAUGAGCUCUUGCUGGCGUGCCGAAAGCUUCUAUUCUGUUUUACAGAGUGUCAACAAAGCAUACGAAAAAUCACAUCCUUUUGUGAAGACAAGGCUGUUGCCGUAAACGCGGUUUCACUUCUUUACAGUGUCAGGUCUCACAUCGACAACCUAGUAGAGCUACUUGAGCAGAGCGAAAGCCCCACCUCGGCGAAAAAUGGCGUUUUGAUCAAGCUCUGUCUCACAAUCAUUACCAUUUUCAAGCAGAUGCUGACUCUACUCCGCAAAAAUUUUAGAGCAUUCUUCCACGGCAACGAUAUCUGCUUUGCAAGAAUGUUUUAUUUGAACCUAUUAUGUUCCUAUACCGAAAUGUUCAACGCCUGGAAUCUCCUCACCCCUCAUAACAAAUCCACUCCUGUCAAGCGAAGGUUGACAAGAACACAUUCCUUGAGCGUCUCUCAGGGCUACAAGCAUAUACCUCGAGCUAGAAGCAACACGUUGCAAAGGUCGGUGACAACGAACGCCUCACUUCCGACUGCAUCGCCUUUACCACAAUCUGUAAGUCAUCGGUCUGCUAACGUAUCGGUAGCGACUACCCCGCCUCCUCCCCAAAGUGGGGCUGCAUCUGAGCUAAGAUCUAAUGAUGAAGGCUCACCACGAAUGAAAGCGGACAUCGCACAGACGUCACCACAUGCCGCAAGGAGAAACGCAGACAUUCCAAGUCUCAACGGGACCUCCAGCGUUUCAGGCCCCGCUUCAUCAAAACCAUCACUCGAUGAGACUACUGAUUCUGAUGUCGAUUCACAGCUUUACCAUACACUAGAAUCGGUCAUAACGAUGGUUAACGUGGUGUACGCCCAACUUACCGCAGCAAUAACAAAAAGCGCCAUUGCUAGCACAAAAAGCGCAGAGUCAUCCAGCAUCACCAGUACCAUCGCGGCUAAAAUAAAGGAUCUCACUGAUACAUGCUACCAGUCCAUGGAACUAUCAAAGAUGCUGAAAGAAAGGUUGGCCCUUAUUUCUCAGACUGAGUCGGAUAAUUUUCUAAGUGCAGUGGAAAAAGUGAUAACUUGGGAACACAUUAACGCAUUUCUCAAAUCCAUCAUCUCAAUUUUGGCCAAUACGAAAAUCAUCAUGAAAGACCUACCCAUUCUUAAUGAAGUGCGACCAAACUUGGCCUCAUUGGCCAAGAUUACAAAGGACGUCACUGUUAUCCUGGACUUGAGUUCGUACAGAAGCGUUUCUCAAGCUGCACAACAACAACAACAACAACAACAACAACAACAGCAGCAGCAACAACAACAACAGCAGCAACAGCAACAGCAACAGCAACAGCAGCAUGACUUGCCUACUGCGAAGCAACAACAUACUCAGUCCCAGGCUCGAGCAGGGUCAGAGGAGCCCCAAAACUCUCUUUUAGUCACCCCUUUGUCGACGCCUUCAUUGGUGACUGUGCAUGCUCCAAACCCUUUUGACCAACUUUCAUAA